AUGAUCCGGUGGUGCUGGACAGGAGAGCACGGCGCGGUCCAGGAGCGCAGGGCGGCCGACACCGAGGCCGCGGCCCCCGCGUUCGCGAACGUGGCGCUCGUCGUCGGCUCCACGGGCACCGUCGGCGCCGCCCUCGUCGACAUGCUCCAGAGCACCGACGCCCCCGCAGGGCCAUGGAAGGUCUACGCGCUCUGCCGACGCCCGCUCCCGCCUUGGUGCACGUCCGGGUCAGCGGCCUCCACCUCCAGCCCCAACGCCGUCGUCGUCAGCCUCCAGGUCGACCUCGCCAACGCCGCCGCCGUAGCCGCGGCGCUCGCGCCCCUCGCCGACAUCACCCACGUCUUCUACGCCGCAUGGUCUCCGCAGCGCGGUUCGCCCGACGCCGUGGCCUGCGAGACCAACCGCGCCAUGCUCCGCAACGUCCUCUCCGCCGUCGUCCCCAGCUGCCCGGCGCUCGCCCACGUCUGCCUCCAGACCGGCCGCGACCAGUUCGUCGACCCGUUCGACCCCGUGAUGGGAACCACCUCCGCGACGCGCCCCUACUCCGAGGACCUCCCGCGCCUCGAGCACCCCGACCUCGAGGACGUCCUCCUCAUCGAGCUCCCCGGCUUCGUCGCCAGCCGCCGCGACCGCGCCCCCGUCACCUGGUCCGUGCACCGCCCCGCCACCGUGUUCGGCUUCUCCUCGCGCAGCGGCAGGAACGUCGUCUCCAGCCUCUGCGUCUACGCUGCCAUCUGCCGCAAGGAGGGCGCCGCGCUGCGCUGGCCCGGGUCCCGCGUCGCCUGGGAGGGAUUCAGCGACGCCUCGGACGCGGAGCUCGUCGCCGAGCACGCGCUCUGGGCGGCCCUGGAGCUCAGAUGCAAGAACGAGGCGUUCAACUGCACCAACGGGGACGUCUUCAAGUGGAAGCAGCUGUGGCCGGCCCUGGCCAAGCAUUUCGCUGUGGAGUGGUCCGGGUACGACGGGGAGGACAAGCGCUUCAAGCUCGAGGAAGCCAUGGCCGGGAAGGAGGCCGUGUGGACGGAGAUCGUCAGGGAGAAUGGGCUCCUGGAGACGAAGCUCGACGACACCACCACUUGGUGGUCCGUGGAUGCCGUGCUCAACGCCGACCAGGAACAGGUGGACACCAUGAACAAGAGCAAGGAGCUUGGAUUCUUCGGCUUCCGGCACACUGUGAGGUCCUUCGAUACAUGGAUCACGAAGUUGAAGGCCAGUGGAAUUGUCCCCUGA